AUGCUGAACAAACCGGGAGACGAGGAGACGACACCCAGCCCCCGGUCGGUCGGGGGGGAUGAUGCCGUUAAUAUCGCAGCCUGGCACGUGACCGGCCGAGAGGAAGCGCGCGGGGACGUGGCUCCCGACUACGACCGGGUUCUCCUGAGGGUCGCCCACAUCUACGAGGAAGAGGACGACCCCGAGCUCUCCAGGCCGGUCGUCCUGGACCUGAAGGCGGCGCUGGCGGGCCUCGGCGAGGUGGAGGCCAUGGAGGAGCGCUCGCUCACGGGGACCUGGGACGCCACCCGCCUGCGGAGGUGGAAGUGGAACACCGCAGAAGACCGGGAAGAAGACUUGAGAAGGGGGGAUGAAGGCAAAGAGUUCACGGUGACCAUCUGGCCCAAACAGAUCAGGACCUUCUUCGUCCACUUUGCCUCCAGGAAAUCGUAG